CAAGCUGAACUGCUGCUGCUGCUCUGAACCUCCUGAGGAUCAGCUCUGCAUCUCAUUAGCACUGGUCUGUCCGGCAGCCAAGAUUGGAUUCUCAAGCACUGAUCUACUUUAGAGAGUGUUUGUGUGGAAAAGAAGGGGGAGUGGACUUACUUUUUUUUUUGCCUUGCAUUUCUGCGGCAGCUGGCUCUAUUUGCAAUACCAAACACCCUCCGCAAAAAAGGCUUUAAAAAACGUGCCUUUUCUGUUCUGAAAGAUAUCGCCAUUGCGCCAAAGCUACCUUCCUUCAAUCUUCCUCUAUCGAUAGCCCUAGCACACUGGAGGGGUAAGGAAGCACUUUCUCUUUUCUUCAUUAAAAUUGCAUUUGGAUUUCUGAGGAACUUAAACCAUGCUUUAAAACUUCAAAGCCCCAGUGAUGUGACAGUUUGGGCAUUGCAAGACUCAAAACAACAGAACUAUGGAUUAUGGUACAGUUGUACGCAGUAGCCUCUGAGCUAAAGGAUUUUUCUAAAGACAAUUGCGAAACAGACCGACCAACUUACAUCUCGGUCUUAAAUUAGAAGAAGUAGUCUUGGGAUUGUGCUCAAUUGUAUUGCAGCAAACUCGCAUCUGCCUUUUUUUCUGGAGUCUUGUGUGUAAAUUAUUGCUGCUUAAUUUGAUUCCAAGGUACAGGAAACAUCUUCAUAGCCACUAACACAAUCUAGAAUAACAAAAAAUAACUAUUAGGAUUCCCAUUUACUGUACAUGACCCACCAGCUUCAAGGUUUAGUGUCUACAAUACCUGUCUCCAAAAACCACAGGAUCUGGUACAAGAACUGCUACUGGAUAUAUCCCCAGCCUAGACUACAAGUACUUCUCUCUGUUUAUUAUAAUUAAUCUGGGACUCAUCUGGCACUAUACAAGACCAGAUUUCAAAUGCCUGGGGUACUGCUGAAGGUACAAUGAGUAGUUUCAUAAGGCUUCUUGUGGUGGUCUUGCUUCUGAUGCAGAAGGAAGUGGAAGGAGACUUUUCAAACCCCCAUGGCUGCCCUUCUUCCUGCAUCUGUGCCUCAGACAUCUUGAGCUGCGUCAACCACAAACUGCACCAGUUGCCUGCAGUGCUGCCCCACUGGGCGACCACUCUGGACCUCAGUCAUAAUGUCCUCACCCAACUGGGCAACGGGGGCUUCUCUGGGCUACCCCGGCUCCGGACCUUGCGUCUGGCCCACAACCAACUCGAGCAAAUCUCAGAGGGGGCUUUCCAAAACGCCAGCAGCCUGCGCCUCCUGGACCUCUCCUUCAACAAACUGGAAGUGGUGGAGCAGCACUACUUCCAGGAGUUGGUUAACCUGGAGGUGCUCCUGCUCUUCAAGAACAGCAUCUCCCGGGUAGACAGCCAGGCACUAGCAGGGCUGGGCAACUUGCACAAGGUCUACUUCAGCUUGAACCUUCUAACCAACUUCCCUUUCUUCUCCAUCCAGGAGCCCAGCCACCCCCUCCUCAACACCUUGGACAUCUCCUCCAAUCGCCUGCGCAUGCUGCCCAUUGAGAAGGUGAAAGCCCUGCCAGCUAAUGUCAAGAAUGGCCUGUACCUCCACAACAACCCAUUGACGUGUGAGUGCAGCCUCUAUAAAAUGUUCCUGCACUGGGAGAAGUUGGGCUUUGGGUCCGUGCACGACUUCCGGGAGGAGCACACUUGCUUGGUAUAUGGGGAGCCCAGAGCCCAGGUCCGAUUCUUCCGUCAUGUCCGCAUCUUUGAGAACUGCACCUUCGGGCCCCAGAAGGAGGCCCCUGAAAACAGUCUGAAGGUGUUUGUGGGCGAGUCGCUGCUUUUCGGCUGCAAUUCCUCUUUCAAUCGGGUGCACACCACGUACGUCUGGAUAUCCCCACACCAGGAGUUCAUUGCCCCGCCGGGGAACGCCAACAAGACCCUGAGGAUGUACAGCAAUGGCAGUUUAGAGAUCAAGGAGGCCCAGAUGGAGGAUUCAGGGGUUUACGUCUGCAUCGCCCUCAACCACCGGCUGCUGCUCAACGAAACCCGUGAGGUGAACGUCACGGUGUUGACGCAGCGCUAUGAGGAGGAGUCCUUCAACACGGGCCUGACUACCCUCUUUGGCUGUUUGGUGACUUUGGUGCUGAUCCUCAUGUACCUCUUCCUGACCCCCUGCCGCUGCUGGUGCUGCAAGCAGCCCACUUCCAGCCCUGCUAACGAGUGCAGCGCCCAGUCUUCUAUCCUGACCACCACCCCUCCAGCCACCACAGAGGGCCCUGGCGGCAAGGCGAGCACCACCAAGCACGUGGUCUUCCUGGAGCCCGGCAAGGAGGUGGAGAAUGGACGGCUCAGGGUGGUGCUGGAGCAAGACCACCCCAAAAUCGAGCAGCUCAAGUCUGACACCAAUUCCAUCACCUCAGUGUUAUCCGAUGCACCCAUAGUGCCCUAAUGGGAGGAUGGUGGGAUUCCGGUUCUAGGAAGGUCUACAGACUAAACACAUUGAAAUACAAGUCUCCUCCUUCUCAAACAUCAUAAAUUAGAUUUGUUAUUGGCAGAAGUGGGUCUAGACUCACAAAUAGUUCAGUGGAUUGGAACAUUGCAGCACUUAUUUUUAGACCCGAUAUGGGAGAAUACAUCUUAAACCGAUAGAAUACCAUAGUUACUAAUCUUAGCCUUUGUCAAAUUGAUAGCCAUGGACUCAUCUACGGACUAGCCAAUGACAUAAUCCACACUCAAAAAUUGCUUACAUUUCUGUUUUAGAGUCCCUGAUGAACUGUUGUGAACCUGCUUUCUCAACCUGCUUUACCUCUAGGCUCCUAACUUUUGAACUUUUGGACUGAAUGACUAAGUAUGAGAAGGAGGCUCAAGGAGACUCUACUCACACCAGAGAUAAAAACAGUCUGCUGUCAGCUUUACAGGCAGAGGUCUCAGCCUGGGGUUGUCACCAAAGAGAAACCAAUCGCAGAACAUACAACAAUGUGACAAGUUGAUGCUGAUAUUAUGUUGCCAGGAUUCUUGCUUUUACAAAUAGAGAAUUUUGGGGUUUUAAAAAGCACUUCAAAUGAGACCAUGUUAUAGUCUGAGUUUGCUAGUGGUUCUC